GCGGGAUGCCGAAUCCAUCAAAGCAAGCGCCAGCUCGGCGUGGACCUGACACAACCACAAUUCCUGCACACAGACACGCGGGACACUGACAACAAUAUCGGGAUGGAGAGCAGGCCCUCUUAUUGUGUUGGUUGAGAGCCAGCUCCGAUAUGCUACACUAACUCCAGCUUCCUGUCAAAUUGCUGCUCAGUCAGGGAUGUAUCCUAUUCCUGGGUUUCAAAGGCACUUCAUCAUACGAUUCUGGUUGCCAGUCUGUUUGUUGAAACGUCUGUCACCUGUAAGCGGCGCAGUUCCCAUUACGGCUUUCGCAUAUUCACUUUGAUGUCACCAAUAUGUCAAGAUGCCGCCAGCAAGGGUGUUGUGAGGAGUAAUGGGACGCAGUAAGACCUCGGCCAUGAUAAGAAAUCCCUGCAACGUUUCUUUUCAGUCCCAGCACCAGGUAGUAAAAGAGUCCGUUGUUUAGAAUUGAUGCCUCCUGCGAGGGGGUCGGGGGCAGCCUCAAGCCGUACCCAUGGAGGAGCGGUGUCUGUGUUUUGGAUGCUGCCAGCGCUGGUAAAUCCACCAAACGUGAACAGAGAUGCCUUCUAAGGUCUCCUGUUUGUAUUUGCUGACUGUGGUUUGCUGGGCCAGCGCUCUGUGGUACCUGAGUGUGUCCCGCCCGUCCACGUCCUAUGUGGGCCAGAUGAAUAUUCCCAUACGCAAGUCGCCCAAGCUGAACAAGAACGCUACCUUCAGCAACUACCGCACGCGGUCGCUUAAUCCGCACGACUUCGGUUACAUCAUCAAUGAAGCCAGGAAGUGCCAAUCCGAGCCGCCGUUCCUUGUUAUUCUUAUAAGCACCACUCACAAGGAAUUCGACGCACGCCAGGCCAUCAGAGAAACGUGGGGCGAUGAAAGCACUUUUCCGGACGUACGUGUCGUGACGCUGUUCUUGUUAGGACGCAGCACCGAUGGCGUCCUCAACCAGAUGGUAGAACAAGAAAGCCAGAUCUUUCAUGACGUUGUAGUUGAAGAUUUCAUUGACUCGUACCACAACCUGACGCUGAAGACACUCAUGGGUAUGCGUUGGGUCGCCACCUAUUGCUCCAAAGCCCAAUAUGUUCUCAAGACGGACAGUGACAUCUUUGUCAACAUGGAGAACCUCAUCUACAACCUACUGAAGCCCACCACAAAACCCCGGAGGAGAUAUUUCACUGGUUAUGUCAUCAACGGUGGACCAAUCAGAGACAUGCGGAGCAAGUGGUACAUGCCGAGAGAUUUAUACCCGGACAGCAAGUACCCGCCGUUCUGUUCUGGAACUGGCUACAUCUUCUCCGCAGAUGUAGCCGAGCUCAUAUACCAAACUUCACUGCACACCAGGCUGCUGCACUUGGAGGACGUUUACGUCGGGGUGUGCCUGCGUAAGCUAGGUAUCCACCCCUUCCAGAACAGCGGUUUCAACCACUGGAAAAUGGCUUACAGUCUGUGCCGCUACCGCCGAGUGGUCACCGUCCACCAGAUCUCCCCGGAAGAGAUGCACCGUAUUUGGAACGACAUGACCAGCAAGAAGCAUCUUAAAUGUUAGCAGGAAUCUGCAUUAGCACGACUCCGUGAGUCAAGGUGCUAUUGAUUGACCUUCGAUGCUCUGCUUUUUCCAACGCGGGCAAAACAUUGUACGGCACAAAGCCGAGUAUCGACGGACCAUUCAGUGUUUUGUCCAAAAGCUGAUUGCUUUGCCCGAGGUUUUAUUAGCACAAACCAAACGUGCUCGACUGUAUCCUCCUUCAUUUCAAGUAUAUAUACAAUAUUCACACACAUUAUUCACAGUGUUUUCAAGUGCAUAUGACCUUAUGGUAUAAAGACACUUUUUAAAAAUAAGUGCAAAAGCAUUUGGGUUGAUUUAAAAUGAAUGUUAAUUAUGCAUAUUUAGUUUUACAAAAGCCAUGUUUCCACCGAGUUUCAGGUUUAUCUGUUGACCACUGACUACAACUCAACCGUUUAUAUACCCAUGUAACCACGCCAUUGACAUCGGUAACCCAAAAAAAAGGUUAUAAGGAACAGAAUCGAUACGUUUACAUUUUCAUCUGAAAGGAACGGAAAUGUAAAUGAACCAAACAGAGCUGAUUGGUGGAAACAGGGCAGUACAGCAACAUGCCUAUAUACAUAAAAACCAUGUAUGAACAAGCCGUUUGCCUAUGUAUGAUGUAAAAUAUCCAAGCAUACAUAUUUUCUUAUCAUUGAUCAAAGUUUAAAAAAAAAAAAGGUAUCAAAGAAUCUGCUGUGUGAGUCUUAUUUGUUUUGUGUCCUGUGCAGCAGAAUAUGUUCUAUUACUUGAACAUAAAAAAAACAGAUGUAGUGUCAAAGCAGUGGAAUAGUGUACUAAAAAAGUGCCAGAUUGAAUAAAAACCAUUUUAUAACACCUUAGAUUUGCAUGUAUUACUUUUAAUACAAAGAAUUUAUAUGUUGUUUUUAAAAAUGCAUUUAAUACAAUGAAAUAUUAUAAAGAUGGUGGAAUUUAGGUGUUUUUUGCACAAUUGUUUGGAGGUGUUUUUUUUUUUUUUUUCAAUGAGAUUAACCAAGCUGCUGACAAUGUAAUCGAACUCAGUUCUCCAGUUGUUGUAUUCCAAAUAAGCACACACAGCAGUUGUUGCUUUGUACAUGUUGUGGACGCUUAAUGGGGCAACAUUAUGGUUUAUUACUUCAUCAUAAAACCGGUCCUGUGUGGCUUCUAACUGCUUAAUUUUGUUUAUUUCUGCAGCAGUGACAUGCGGGGAGGUUCAUGGCUGGUGAGGCAAUGACUCCUUUGGAGUUAAUAAAAUUAAUUUUAAUUCACUUUUGUUUAAAAAAAAAAAAAAAAGCAUACAGUGGUGUGAAAAAGUGAUUUCUUUUUUUUUUUUUGCUUAAAUGUUUCAGAUCAUCAAACUAAUUGAAAUCAAUGAAAACACAAUUUCAUUCAUUUUCUACCGCUUUUUCAGGUUGCUGGAACCUAUCCCAGCUGUC